CACCGGACCAGACAGCUAGUGCGGAUGCUUACAUCGCCACUGGGCAGGCUUUUUCUCAUAUUCAUUGCUGUUGUGCGUGUUGCAGUGAAAUAAACGUGGGUGUCCCAUUUUCGUCCCAUCACGCCCUCACAAACGGAAAAGCCACCGUAAAGCGACGUGCCGACUGCUCCUUGGUGGUGGUAGCAGCUGACCGUACAGCGGCGUGAACCGGCGGUUGCGGGACGAUCUGAAACGAUCACAGUGAAGGACGACGGCACGCGUGUCUCUGUGUCUGGCCCGGCACCCGACCUACAUUGACGCAAAACACCACACACACACAUAUACACCCUUAACCCGCCGUGUGUGCUGGCUGCUUUCCGGUAGGCUGUAGAGGGCGUGAUCCUGCGGUGGUGCGGCGUGCAAACGGUACCUCACAAAUUAAUAGCACUUAACGCGCACUGUGCGGAAGUAAAUUGCAAAGCAAAUAAGGGCAAAACUAUCGACAGCAAAUUAGCGCGUGGCGGUCCAUAGAGAGAGAGAGAGAGAGAAAGAGAGAAAGCGAGUAAGAAAAUUAGUUGCCAUCCAACACAAACAGGCAAACAUGUGCAGCGCAAACGAAAACAACGGUACCGCCACGCCGCCCCCGGUGGCACUGUCGCAAAAUCCCAGCGAUUAUGGCAAUAACUUAAAAAUCAUCGACAGCAACGACCAAAUCAAAGAGCUACAGACGAUCAUACGGGACAAAAACACCACGCGGAGCGACUUCAAAUUCUACGCCGACCGGCUGAUUAGGCUGGUGAUCGAGGAAAGCCUAAACCAGCUGCCGUACUCCGACUGCUCCGUCAUCACGCCGACCGGCGCCAUCUACGACGGUUUGCGGUACCGGUCCGGCAACUGUGGCGUUUCCAUCAUCCGUUCCGGCGAAGCGAUGGAGCAGGGACUGCGAGACUGCUGCCGCUCGAUACGAAUCGGGAAGAUUCUGGUCGAAUCGGACGCCGAAACGCACGUGGCCAAGGUGGUGUACGCCCGGUUUCCAGACGACAUCGCCCGGCGACAGGUACUGCUCAUGUACCCCAUCAUGGCAACCGGCAACACCGUCAUACAGGCGGUCAGCGUGCUGAAGGACCACGGUGUGAAGGAAAACUCGAUCAUCUUGUCUAACCUGUUCUGCACACCGAUAGCCGCCCGGAUGGUGGUGACCGCCUUUCCGGAUCUGAAAAUUCUCACCUCCGAGCUGCACCCGGUCGCACCGAACCAUUUCGGACAGAAGUACUUCGGCACGGACUGAGCGGGCGAGGCGGUGGUUAACGACGGUUAACGGAAGAGUCCUUCACCGGUGGGGGGGGGGGAGCAAAGAGCAAGGGUGUUUUUGGGCCAAAAGGGUAUGAUGUGUUCACUCCAGCGCACGAACACAUUUUAACACGUUCUAGAAGCAAAUCCCGGCUGCACCACACUCUCAACGAUGUGUUGUACUUACAGUUCUCAAAAGCAGACCAGCAGACGAUGGCUGCACAAUCAAAUACUUAAGGGCAGACGAUGUGUUACUAGGAUCGACGAUGUGCUUGGCCUGCGUUCGAUGGAUACAGACUGGACUAGGGGGGUGCGUGCUUCUGGGCACACCAAACACGAAUAGAAAAAAAGGUAGCAUAGGCAUAGGGGUUGCUGCGCUUGCGAUGAAGUAGGCCGUGAGCAGCAAAGUUUGCAAGGGCAGCGGAAAAGGUUCGUAGCUAAUGUGGCAGAAGUGUGUGUAGCAACAGUUCUGUGGUGUAGUGGCGCUAAGCUUUAAGCAAAAAGGUACGGAAUUUAGAUGAUAAGUCAGUAAAAUCACGGUCACGGUACUAACUACUGAUCGUUCACGCUGCGGCAGUAGGGAAACAAUUACGUUAGCGAAAUGUAAUAUGCCAGAUACAAUUGUUCAUAAUAUACGAAUCAUUUUAAACAUUGAA